AUCGGCUCGCAUUAUCGGCUGUACACACGCGGGCCGAGCUGUCGUUGCAACACGCCGAAUGAUCGCAGGUAGAACAGGAACUCCUGAAAGACGUCUCACUUCUUCGGAGACUGGCGAUUAUGUAACUUCUUCUUUUCUUUUUCUAAAAACGGUAACGCCAAAAGCGGGAAGUUCGACGACACGAAUUCGACGAUUGUGUAAUGUUUUACAGUCGUGAAUUAGCGAUCAUGCAUAUGAUAUUUCGAACGAUGAAAACGUGGAAACUUUUCACGUUAUUUUCCGCUUCUAGGGAGAAGUUACGUCCCCCUACGGCAGCGAUCGUGUAAUUUCGAGCGCUGAAUUGUUCACUCUUCGCUGAUCUCUCGUACAUUUUUUUCACGUAUCACACAGCAAUUACGUAGUUAGAUGUGUGGAAAGUGAAAUCACUGGAUUCGGAUUGAUCAAUAUUUCGGAUUGGGACACCGUGUUAUUCGAUUCCAAAAAGGUUACAUACAGGAUCACUGUCGCUAUAAGUGGAACAUUCGUCAUUAGGUCAGUAUGAAUGAAAAAGUUUCUACCAUUUGACACAAGUAACCGCGGAAAAUUUUGAGUUAUUAACAAUUAUGAAAAAUAGCCGUCUAUAAAGGUUUUUCUCAAUUAAUAAUUCAAAAAUUGCAGAAGUUUCACAUUUUCACAGUUCGCAAAGUUACAUGAUCAUCGAGUUCACGCGAAACUCCUCACAUUUCACGUUUCCGCCCUAAGGGGAAAUUACGUGAUCGCUGCCCGGACGUCACUCUCGGGAGCUUCUGCUAGGACUCGGCCGUACGCCCAAUCACGGUCCCGACCGUCUUUCACCCGUGACAUUUAUGACGGUGACGGUCCAUUAGAAAGAUCCUCGGAGUAAUGACGCGUUCGACAAUCGGCCGGGAGAACGGCUGCGAAUUAAGGAUUCGGAAUCGAACGCGUUUACAAACACACGUGGGCGCGGUGUCUAUCGGGCACCUUGAAAAAUAAUCGGAAUCGCACGUGGGCGAAAUUCGAAGUGGGGCCGAAGGUCGCCGAUGGUGGGGCCAGCCUCGUCUCUUCGUCUUCAUCAUCUCCGCGACCGCGGUCGGCUCGGUUAGUCCUUUCCGCAUCAGCACCGGGCACGAGCUCGCGCGUCUCACAAGGUACAUCGGAAAGUUGGCGUCAAGAUGCUUCUCCGCUCGCAAGCCGCAGUCUUGCUCCUGCCUCUGUUCGCCGCCUUGGCCCACGGCAGUCAGUACCUCCAAUCGCGAAUAGUCGCGUCCGGCGGCUGCGACAGCUACACAUGCGGAACCAACGCGAGAUGUACCAUGAGCGAAGGACGACCGGUGUGCUCGUGCCUGAAUUUACAUAUGGGAGACCCGCUUUCGCGCUGUGUGCGAGUCGAAUGUUUAAUCAACGACGACUGCCCGUAUGACAAGGUGUGCACGAACAACAGGUGCGUCGAUCCCUGCGUUGGUCUGUGCGGCACGAACGCGAACUGCAACACCAGAAACCACAUAGGCACCUGCGUGUGUAUACCGGGAUACGUCGGCGAUCCGUUCACGAGCUGCCACGUCGCGGAUCCUCAAGCCGCCUGCAAGCCGAGCCCGUGCGGAGAUAACACCCAGUGCGAGGUGAUCAACGAGGUGCCGGUCUGCACUUGCCUGCCGGGCUAUCGAGGCUCGCCUUUGACCGGGUGUCGCCACGAGUGCGAGAGCGACAGCGAGUGCCCUCAUCAUCUCGCGUGCUCGUCGUCGUUCAAGUGCGAGAACCCCUGCAAGUGCGGCGAGAACGCUGAGUGCGAAGUCGUCAAUCACCAAGGCAGGUGCACCUGCCCGAAGACGUGGCUGGGAAAUCCGUACGUCUCAUGCCGACCGGAAUGCAUCUCCCACUCCGAGUGCCCGGCGGGCAAGCCCGCCUGUCUCUAUCAGAAAUGCGUGAACCCGUGCGACGGUGUUUGCGGAGUGAACGCUGACUGCCACCUACGCGCCAUCACGCCCGUUUGCAGCUGUCCGAAACACAUGACCGGCAAUCCUUUCGUGAGCUGCAGACUGUUCGAGCCGCGUGAUCUCUGCGAGCCGAAUCCCUGCGGCUCGAACGCGAUCUGCACGCCGGGCCACGACAACACCGGCAAGGAGAGGCCGGUGUGCACGUGCCCCACCGGCUACAUCGGCAACGCCCUGACGAGCUGCCAGCGCGGGGAGUGCUUCACCGACAGCGAGUGCCCCGACAACCGGGCGUGCAUCGACUUCACGUGCAGGAACCCGUGCACCGGUCGCGAAUGCGGCCCGAGCGCCACGUGCACACCCCGACGUCACAUCGCGGUCUGCACAUGUCCGGACGGGACCAGAGGCGACGCCCUGUACUCCUGCAACCCCAUCGAGAGCAAGUCCGUGUACAACUACGGCCGAGCCUAUCGUUACCGCUACUAGUCACCAGAAGGGCGAACUGCGCGCUUUUAAAACGCUCUUUGCGAAACCGUCUAAUUUAUUCUAAUUUAAUGUGCAUUUACGCGUCUCUUAAUUCAUCGUCAUUCAAUGCUCGCGCGAAAAAGAAAAAAAAAAGGAGAACGGAGGGAGACGAUCGGGCGGAGACUUACCGAAGGACGCGUCGCUCGGUGAAGUCUUAUUAAGGCUCUCGCGCUUCUUCGCCUCGACCUUCUCGACCAAUGACGUCAGAAGCGAGAAAAUGCACGCUCGAAAUGCUUGAAAGAUACGUGGAAAUAAAAAGAUCGAAUCGAUUGAAACAGCCGUGAAGUUAACGACAAGAUGAUGUAGUUAAAAAGUAGGCCACGUGUCACGUUAAUGUUAUGUGAUUAUUCGUUAAGGAAAGUUUUCAGAAUAUCUCACACACCCGCUCAACCGCUCGUGUCGAUUUAUUUCAACGUACUUCGCGAGCAUCUUGAGCCUUGACUAUCUCGCCUACUUCUCGCCGGAAUCGCAAUAAGCGGAGUAAUUUGCAAUGCUAUACACCGGUCUUCUAAUUCUCGCGUUUUAGAAGCAUCAGAUCUCACACGAAGUGUGUUCCACGUCCUCUUUUAUGGGCAACGACUAGUCGUGGAUCUCGUUUGUAUUCUCGAUAAUGAUAAUAAUAGACACACAAGACGACAAGAGAUUUAUACCGUCUGAUUAUACCGAGAUCUUAUUCUACACGUCCAACUUCUCCCCCGCCUGCCUCGUCCCACACGCAACAUCCGCGUGUGACGCUGUAUAGUAUAAUAAUUACUGAAAAGAGAGGAUAUAUAUAUAUGUAGAGAGAGAGAGAUCUAAACUAUGUUACAUCUAAACAAUGAUCUUUAUUGAAUAAUUCAACACUGUGUCCAUUCGGUAAAUGGAGUGCGGAUCGUUCGUUAUAAAACUAGUUGAGAAAUUUAGGAAAACGUUACUUACCAGUGUACCUAUUAAAAAAUAAAUAAUUACGAUCUUUUUUUUUUUUUUACAUAUUGCAUGUUACACAGGUGUUCGUUAAGAAUCGAGUAAUCACGCUACAUUCAUUAUUACAAAUAUUGGCAGCACCAUUAUAUGUAAAGUUUUAUUAAUUUCGAAAGAGUCAUAUGUCUGCUUCGGUACGUUCGGCUAUAUAUGGGUCUCUUCUCUAUAAAUCUUUUUUUUCUUACAAACACGUUAAGGACACACAGGCGUUCCGUUGUUAUUUUGUCCUUUCUCUCUAACUAUAAUAAUAUAUUAACAGAAUAUAUUACGUUAGUCUUUCA